AUGUAUAGAGUAGCAAGCCCUUCGGAGUAUUUAGUGAUUACUGGGAUCGGGAUAGACGACAUAAAGCUUGCGAAGAAGGCAUGGAUCCUCCCGGGCCAGUCCUACAUCAUAUUCGACAUGUCCCCAGUCAACUACACUUUCGAAGUCCAAGCCAUGAGCUCCGAGAAGCUCCCCUUCAUGCUCCCUGCGGUCUUCACCAUUGGCCCCCGCAUCGACGACACCCCCAGCCUCCACAAGUAUGCGAAGCUCAUUUCGCGUCACGACAAGCUCUCCAGCCACGUGAAAGAGCUCGUCCAGGGCAUCAUUGAGGGAGAGACGCGUGUCCUCGCUGCCUCAAUGACCAUGGAGGAGGUGUUUAAGGGGACAAAGGAGUUUAAGCAAGAGGUGUUUGAGAAGGUUCAGUUGGAAUUGAAUCAGUUCGGGCUUUUGAUAUAUAACGCAAAUGUCAAACAGUUGGUGGAUGUUCCUGGACAUGAGUAUUUUAGUUACUUGGGGCAGAAGACACAGAUGGAGGCGGCCAAUCAGGCUAAAGUUGACGUGGCUGAGGCGAGGAAGAAAGGGGAGAUAGGGUCCAAGGAGAGGGAGGGGUUGACGCUGCAGAACGCGGCGAAGAUUGACGCUGAGACGAAGAUCUAUGCGACGAAGAGGGAAGGGGAGGGAAAGAUGGCCGAGAUAAAAGUGAAAGCAGAGGUGAAGGUGUAUGAGAAUGUGAGGGAGGCUGAGGUGGCAGAGGCGAAUGCUGAGCUGGCGAAGAAGAAGGCCGGGUGGGCGAAGGAGGCGCAGGUGGCGGAGGUCGAGGCCGCGAAGGCGGUGGCAUUGAGGGAUGCGGAGCUGCAGACGCAGGUGGAAAGGAUGAAUGCCUUGACCAGGACGGAGAAGCUUAAGGCUGAAUUUUUGAGUCAGGCCAGCGUUGAGUAUGAAACAAAGGUACAAGAGGCAAAUUGGGACUUAUACAACAAGCAAAAGGCCGCCGAAGCAAUUCUUUACCAAAGAGAGAGAGAGGCUGAGGCACAGAAGGCAAUUGCAGAAGCAGAGUUCUAUGCUCGUCAACAAGUUGCAGAUGGAGAAUUUUAUGCAAAGAAAAAAGAGGCUGAGGGUCUCAUAGCCCUUGGACAAGCCCAAGGUGCAUAUCUACGCAAUCUUCUGGACGCAGUUGGAGGCAACUAUGCAGCCAUGAGGGACUUCAUGAUGAUCAACAGCGGCAUGUUUCAAGAAAUUGCUAAAAUUAAUGCCGAAGCUGUGCGUGGACUUCAACCCAAGAUCAGCAUUUGGACUAAUGGGGCCGUAGAGGGUGGCGAUGGUGGCAGCAACGGGGCCAUGAAGGAGGUUGCUGGAGUUUACAAGAUGUUGCCACCAUUGUUCAAGACAGUUCAUGAACAAACUGGAAUGCUGCCACCGGCUUGGAUGGGCACUUUGCCAAAUUCUGGUUCUAACAAUUGA